AUGGAGACUGCGCUAGCAAAAACGCCGCAGAACAGGCAAGUUACCUUUCUUGCUAUACUGUUGCUUUUGUGGGAGGCUGACUCUGAGGCAGUUAGGUAUUCCAUGCCAGAAGAAACAGAAAGUGGCUCCAUUGUGGCCAACCUGGCAAAAGACCUGGGACUCGGGGUGGGGGGAUUGGCCACUCGGGGCGCGAGAAUCCAUCACAAAGAAAACAAACAGCUCUUGCAGCUUGAUGUAAAGACCGGUAAUUUGCUUCUAUACGAAAAACUAGACCGGGAGUUGCUGUGCGGGGCGACAGAACCCUGUGUACUGCAUUUCCAACUAUUACUGGAAAACCCGGUGCAGUUUGUCCAAAUUGAACUGCAGCUCAACGAUAUAAAUGACCAUUCCCCAGAGUUCCUAGAGAGUGAAAUGCUCCUUAAAAUCCCAGAGAGCGUUCAGCCAGGGACUGUGUUUCCUUUGAAAACAGCUCUGGACUCUGACAUAGGUAGCAACACUGUUCAGGACUACACAAUUCUCCCCAACUCCCAUUUUCACGUUCUGACGCAUAAUCGCGGAGAUGGCAGAAAAUACCCGGAGCUGGUGCUGGACAAAGCCCUGGAUCGGGAGGAACAGCCUGAACUCCGUUUAACCCUCACUGCCCUGGAUGGGGGGGCUCCGCCCAGGUCUGGGACCACCGCAGUCCGCAUUGAAGUCGUUGACAUCAAUGACAACGCCCCUGAGUUUUCACAGCCACUCUAUGAGGCAAAGGUCCUGGAGAGCAGCCCCCUUAAAUCUUUAGUUGUCGCUGUCUCUGCCCGAGAUUUAGAUGCAGGAACAUACGGGAAUGUAGCCUACUCUCUCUUCCAAGGAGAUGAAGUUACGCAACCAUUUGUAAUAGACGAAAUUACGGGAGAGAUUCGUCUGAAAAGGAUAUUGGAUUUCGAGGCAACUCGAUAUUAUAACGUGGAAAUAGUAGCCACAGAUGGCGGGGGCCUUUCAGGGAAAUGCACUGUAGCUGUGGAAGUGGUAGAUGUGAACGACAACGCCCCCAAACUGACCAUGUCUACCAUCACCAGCCCUACUCCAGAAAACGCCCCGGAAACUGUAGUUGCUGUUUUCAGUGUUUCAGAUCCAGACUCCGGGGACAACGGAAAGAUGAUUUGCUCCAUCCAGGACGACCUCCCAUUUCUCCUGAAACCCACAUUCAAGAAUUUUUACAUGCUAGUGACAGAGAGGCCACUGGAUAGAGAAAGCAGAGCCGAGUACAACAUCACUAUCACCGUCACAGACUUGGGGUCCCCAAGACUGAAAACAGAGCACAACAUAACCGUGCUGGUCUCUGACGUCAAUGACAACGCACCCACCUUCUCUCAAAGCUCCUACACCCUGUACAUCCGGGAGAACAACAGCCCCGCCCUGUACAUUGGCAGCGUCAGCGCCACAGACAGAGACUCAGGCACCAACGCCCAAGUCACCUACUCGCUACUGCCACCCCAGGACCCGCACCUACCCAUUGCCUCCUUGGUCUCCAUGAACGCGGACAACGGGCAUCUUUUCGCUCUGAGGUCGCUGGAUUACGAGGCCCUGCGAGCCUUCGAGUUCCGCAUGGGCGCGGUCGACUCAGGCUCCCCGGCGCUGAGCAGCGAGGCCCUGGUGCGGGUGGUGAUCUUGGACGAAAAUGACAACUCGCCCUUUGUGCUGUAUCCGCUGCAGAACGGCUCCGCGCCCUGCACCGAGCUGGUGCCCAGGGCGGCCGACGUGGGCUACCUGGUGACCAAGGUGGUGGCAGUGGACGGCGACUCCGGCCAGAACGCCUGGCUGUCCUACCAGCUGCUCAAGGCCACGGAGCCCGGGCUGUUCAGCGUGUGGGCGCACAAUGGCGAGGUGCGCACCGCCAGGCUGCUGAGCGAGCGCGACGCGACCAAGCACAGACUCGUCGUGCUGGUGAAGGACAAUGGUGAGCCGCCAAUGUCGGCCACCGUCACACUACACGUGCUCCUGGUGGACGGCUUCUCGCAGCCCUACCUCCCGCUCCUGGAGGUGGCCAAGGAAUUGACCCAGGCCGACUCGCUCACCGUCUACUUGGUCAUUGCUUUGGCCUCGGUCUCGACCCUCUUCCUGUUCUCGGUGCUCCUGUUCGUCGCGGUGAGACUGUGCAGGAGGAACAGGGCCGCCUCUGUUGGUCGCAAUCCAGUACCUGAGAGCUACUUUCCAGACCACUUGGUGGAUGUCACCAACACUGGGACACUCUCCCACAGCUAUCAGUAUGAGAUAUGUCUGACAGGAGACUCCGGGACCAAUGACUUCAAAUUCCUGAAGCCGAUUAUCCCCAAUCUCCCACCCCAGAGCACUAGCAAAGAAAUUGAUAAAAACACCACAUUCCGGAAUAGCUUUGGAUUCAAUUAG